AUGGCCCGCCAGCACUUUGCCAAAUGCAUCGGAAAUUGGGCCCGAUGGUUGCCGCAGCUGGUCAUCGCCACGCUUUGCUUCCUGGUGAACCUGCUGUUUUCGUCAUUUUUCCGCUGCGGUGGACUUUUCUUCACUUCAAUGAGCACGUACCAAGCUACAAGGGCGCAGGCCGCAAUGCCAUUGGGUGCCUACUGCGGCUUCGUCAAUCUUUCGGGUCUCGCGGCCGGAGCCCUGAUACAUUCAUUCGGUAUGAGGAUCAGCGUCGGGCUCGGCAGCCUUCUCAUGUCAGCAGGCUGUCUUGCGUCAGCGUUUGCUACUGGAAUACCAUUCCUCGUUGUAUCCGUGGGCGUGGUCACAGGCUCCGGACAUGGAAUCCUGCUGUCUUGCGUUAUUGUCGCUGUGAACGAGUACUUCGAGAGGAGACGCGGCACGGCCCUCGGUAUCAACAUGGCUGGUGCACCUGCAGCUUCCUUCAUAUUCCCGAAAAAUUUUCGAUUACUGUCUCGCUGA